AUGGCAACAUACGCUGAGAAAGACUUUGACUCAAAAAACUACGUUGUCAAUAGGCCUGGAUAUCCAAAGGAACUAUUUGACGCUAUUUUUGAAUACCAUCAAGGACCCAAAGUUUUGGCUUUAGAUGUUGGAUCUGGACCUGGAACUGCCUCCUUUCCAUUGUUGGACUAUGUUGACAAAGUUUUAGCUACUGAUCCAUCUUCGGUGAUGAUUCAACCUGGUGUUGAGUCAAUUACCCCAGAAUUGAAAGAUCGUAUAGAGUUCAAAGUGGCACCAGCUGAAGAUUUGAGCAAUGUUUUACCAGAAGAUAACAAAGUUGACAUAAUUAUUAGUGCUGAAGCUUUACAUUGGGUGAAACACGCUCAAUUUUUCAAGGAAGCUUCCCGUGUUUUGAGAACAGGUGGUACAUUAGCAUACUGGGGUUAUGUUGAGCCAAGAUUCAUUGAUUUCCCAAAGGCUAAUGAAAUCUAUGAAAAAUAUGUUUAUGAGGACCCAAGAUACAUGGGUCCUAAGUGGGUUCAGCCAGGGAAGAACUUUUUAAGAUACUUUUUCAAUGAUGUUCACAUUCCCACAGAUCAAUUUGAAGCAAUUGAAAAGCACGACUACUAUCCAGGUAUAACAGAAAAACACACAGCAUACUAUCAUGGCGAUCACAACUAUACAAUGGCAAAGUUCCUUGAUUAUUUACAAAGCUGGAGUGCUUACCAUACAUGGCAAAAGGAAAAUCCAGGUCAAGAUAUUGCAGUUCUUUUCGUGAACGAAUUGAAAGAAACGUUUGGCUGGACAGAUGACACCGAGCUCAGAGUUGAAUGGGGUACUGUAUAUGUUUUAGCUAGAAAGUCCUGA